AUGAAUAACGAUUUGUGGUUACCUGAAGAGGACUUCAAGGGUCUACCGGAUAAUUUCCUUGAUAAUCUCGUUGAUCCUACCAAUGAUGUUUCUGUAGAAGAUAUAGAGACCGGCGAUGAUGAGGGAGAUUGGGAUGCCAAAUUUCAAAAGCUCGUACCUCCACCAUUGGAUGAGCUAAUGAGUUUGUCCUAUGAGUUCACUUGCAAUGGACAGCGUGUGCAAGUUCAGAAGCAUGUGCCAAUUUUGAAGCAGUCGAGUUCUUCAGAAGUCUUCUCUACUGUUGAUAACUCCCCUCCUAAUGUCAAAGUCUCAAAGUUGUUGCAAUCUUUAAGCCCAGUCUCAGUCCUCAAGAACACCAACGGUUCUGGCUCACCCCAAAACCCAAACGGAGAUCAGAAACUGGCCUUUCUCGUGAAAGGCAUCAGAAGCAAGCGCAAACGCCCCACACUACUGAGAGUUACAUUCCUCAAAUCAUUUCUAUUAGAGAUGUCACAGCAGUUUGCUCCGGAUGAAUCUGAAUCUUCUGAGAUUUCCGCCUUGAAGAAACGCAAGAAGAACAAGAGUCGUCGCUUGAAAUGCACUCAUUGCGAGACAACCACUACCCCGCAGUGGAGGGAAGGACCUAAUGGGCGUAAAACCCUUUGCAAUGCUUGUGGAAUCCGCUUUAGAUCGGGCCGUCUUGUUUUAGAAUACCGUCCAGCAGCAAGCCCGACCUUCAUCCCAACCGUGCAUUCAAAUUUGCACAAGAAGAUCAUAUAUAUGAGAAUGAAAGAUAACGACCAGUUUGAUACCAGAAAGAUCCGUGCUGAGACAUCCGGACCAGAGACUAGAUCAAGGCUUCGUAACUUCGGCAGACCAAUGAGUUAUGGUCAAUGAAAAACAAGAUUGUCAGGAUCCGUAGAAUUGGUUAAUUUUCUCUCAAAGACUGAUGUUCUUAAAUACUAGGGUCUAGUGUUUGUCCCUUUU